UUACAUACGCAGCUCAAACAGCAAAAGCUAUUUGAGAGAGAUUCUAGAGAGAGAGUUAGAGAUUCCAGAGAGAGAGAGAGAGAGACAAUGGCGGCAACAGUGACUAGUGCGUGGGCGAAACCAGGCGCCUGGGCACUCGAUUCUGAAGAGCACGAAAAGGAGCUUCAAAACGAAGACAAGAACCACCGUGCCAACGGCGGCGACGCGGCGGACUUUCCUUCUCUUGCGGCGGCGAAGACGAAGAAGAAGAAGCCCCAAAAAAUUCCUCUCUCCGAGUUCAACAACCCUACCCCUGCCAAACGCCUCACCAUCGUAGAUCUGACGUUGCUUCCGACUGGUCCACGCGAGCGAACCGCCGAGGAGCUCGACCAGUCGAGGCUCGGCGGUGGGUUCAGAUCGUAUGGCGACGAGUCUUCGAAAUCGCGGUGGGGGUCUUCUAGGGCAUCAUCUGAUGAGCCGCGUAGGAACGGAGAUUCGAACAGAGAAUUAGGGCCGUCUCGUGCUGAUGAGGUUGAUGAUUGGGGGGCAUCGAAGAAGUCUUUAUCUAGUAAUGGUUUUGAGAGGAGAGAGAGAGGAGGGUUUUUUGGGUCUGGGUCUGAGUCUAGGGCUGAUGAUUCUGAGAGUUGGGUAUCGAAGAAGAGCUUUGUUCCUUCGGAGGGAAGGAGAUUUGAGAGUAUGAGAGAGAGACGAGUGGCAUUUGAAUCGAAUGGAGCCGCAGAUUCGGAUAAUUGGGUGAAGAAAAAGGAAGAGGAGGGGAAAAAGUUUGGAGCUUUUGAUAGUCUGAGAGAGAGGCGAGGGGGGUUUGAUUCAGCAACCAAUGGUGCUGCAAAUUCUGAUUAUUGGGGGAAGAAGAGUGGAGAUGGGAAUAUUGGGACCGAGAGGCGUAGGCUUAAUUUGCAGCCUCGGACACUGCCGGUGGGAGAUAGUCAGCAAGAUGGUUCAGUGACAGUGGUGAAGCCCAAGGGUUUGAACCCAUUUGGUGCGGCCAGGCCGAGGGAGGAGGUUUUGAAGGAGAAGGGGCAGGAUUGGAAGGAAAUCGAUGAGAAACUCGAGUCGACGAAGAUUAAGGAGAUGGGUUCUGCGAAUGAUGGGAAGAGGGGUUUUGGGAUCGGGAAUGGAAGAUUGAUUUCGCCGGAAAGUCAGGUUGAGAAGAGCUGGAGGAAGACUGAUUCUGCUGCUGAUGAUGUUCGUCCUCCAAGUGCUGACAAAGCUGAAAAUGGGCUUGCUAAUGAAGCUGAAGAUGUGCAAGAGUGAUGCUUACGGUUGAACAUAGGAAUCGGCUUUUGGUGGGAAGUUCAAAGUGUGUUGGCUUGAUGAGUUCAUUCGAUUCUCAGUUUGUUCGCACUUUGUUUUUCCCUGACUGGUGUGUUAAUAUGAGGUGUGGUAUGGGGACAAUUUUUUGGCCGACUUCUGAGUAGUUGAGUUAUUCAAGGCCUUGAUGGCUUUGUACUGUGUCAUAACUUAGAAUUAUGUGUUUAUUUUCUGUUUGUUUAUUUAUUUUUUUUGGUUUACUGUAAGAUUUUGUUCUCAUCAUUUGUUGAGUAUUGACCGACUCUAGUGCGGAAUUUGAUAUAUCUUUGCAACCUGAUUUGUAACAUUUUCUUGCUUUAGAGUUUAUGGAAAUUUCUUUAUUUGAAUUAUCAA